UCUGUGGUUCCUUGCUCCAUGACUCUGAACUGUGCUAUAAAAUACAGUAACAUGCAAUUCAUGCCCUCUACAUGAGUGAGCCCUCGUAGGUGCAGAAGAAGAGUAGGAACACUUGGAGAAAUGCUUCAGAGGAGACGAAUGGAGAGAUUGCCUGCACUGCACCUGGCAGUGGUGUCUCUGCUAGGCUUCUUCUGCCUCAUCCAUGCUUCAAGGGCUGCGACUUCAUUCCCACCUGCGGCCCCGAGGGUGCCCCUGCAGAAGACCGACGCAGUCCUAGCUUCCAGUGGAGAUAGCCAGGCCGCCGUCGUAGUGGCAGAGCCCGACCGCGGCGGUGUCAGCAGAAGGAUAGAGAGGGAGAUGGAGCUGGAGGACUACCCGGGGUCCGGGGCCAACGACCGCCACUCGCCGUGGUGGCGGCAAGAGAGGAGGAACUGAGAACAUGGAGCAAAGCUGCAUGUGUGUUCCUAGUGUUGCACGGUUGUGUUUGUAUGUUUCUCAAACUGUAAUAUCUCUACUCCUGGUGUAACAUACUCCCUUCAUUCCAUAAUGUAGUGCCUAAUUUUUUUUUUAAAGUCAAACCUUACAAACUUUGACCAAGUUUAUUGAGAAAAACAUUCACAUUUUAAAUGACAAACAUAUAUUGUUAGAUUCAUCGUAAGAUAUAUUUUCAUAUUUUAUAUAUUUGACAUUGUAUAUAUAGUUUUCUCUAUAAACUUGGUCAAAGUUUGUAAAGUUUGACUUUAUAAAAAAUCUAUAGGCACUACAUUAUGGAGCGGAGGGAGUACAAUAACGAAGCUUGUUACUUGCAAAACUGUGUUAAUUAUUAUGUCAUUUUGGUUGAAAAAGAAGAGGAUAUGGUCACAUCUAAAACUGAUGAACAUAUACAAUGUCAAAUAUAUAAAAUAUGAAAAUAUAUCUUACGAUGAAUCUAACAAUAUAUGUGUAUUGUCAUUUAAAAUGUGAAUGUUUUUCUCAAUAAACUUGGUCAAAGUUUGUAAAGUUUGACUUUAUAAAAAAUCUAUAGGCACUACAUUAUGGAGCGGAGGGAGUACAAUAACGAAGCUUGUUACUUGCAAAACUGUGUUAAUUAUUAUGUCAUUUUGGUUGAAAAAGAAGAGGAUAUGGUCACAUCUAAAACUGAUGAACAGAGAGGAACCACCAGGGUUGGGGCAAAAACGAAGGAAGAAGAAAACAGAUGCGACUCCGCUGGGGAUGGAACCCAGAAUCUCUGGUUUCGUAGACCAGCGCCUUAUCCAUUGGGCCACGGAGUCUUGCGUGCUGAUUUAAAUCUAUUGUUUAUGCAGAACAGUAAUAAGACAAGAGUGCACAACACUACAUUACAUGUCUAAGUGUGACACGUGUUCAAGGCUUUACUUGGUUUCAUUUACAUCGAACUUGAUGCCCAAGAUGGAGCUGCGAGGAGAAGUUGGAGCUGAGGUUACAUGGCUGCGACACUUGCUUACCACGGCCGACCGAUGUAGUAGGAAUUCGGUGGGUAAUAUGCUGCUGAUGCUUGACACGUCUACACCAGGUUACCACCUAUCGCCCGUCUAAUUCCCCCAACUAUUCUCAACUACUCCCUCCGUUCCUAAAUAUAAGGCCUCCUUUGGUUUGGAGGAAUUUCAUGGGAAU